AUGGGAGCUGAGAGCAAUGACAGCUUUGACUUUCAAUCUGUCUUCCUGACUGGCAUUCCAGGACUGGAGGCCCUACAUGGCUGGCUUUCCAUCCCCUUUUUAACCAUGUACAUUGUGGCCACUGUGGGCAACAGUCUAAUCAUGGCGGCUGUGAAGGCAGACUCUGCCCUGCAUGAGCCCAUGUACCUGUUCCUGUCCAUGCUGGCUAUCACUGAGGUGGGUGUCUCCGUGUCCACACUGCCCACGGUCAUGGGCAUUCUUUGGUUUGAUUUCCGUCAGAUUAACUUUGAUGGCUGCCUGGCUCAGAUGUUUUUCAUUCAUACCUUCUCCUGCAUGGAGUCAGGGGUCCUGCUGGCCAUGAGUUAUGACCGCUUUGUAGCCAUCUACAAUCCACUGCGCUAUACAGCCAUCCUGACCUUGCCACGUAUAAUCUCCAUGGGUCUGAGCAUCACACUGAAGAGCGUGCUAUUCAUGGCCCCACUUCCAAUUCUUUUGAGGCAACUACCCUAUUGCCACACUAACGUUCUCUCCCACUCCUAUUGCCUCCACUCAGACCUGAUCCAGCUGCCUUGUGCUGAUACGAAGCUCAAUAGCAUCCUGGGCUUAUCCAUAGUCCUGGCCAGCUUUGGGUUGGACUCACUGCUCAUUGUGGUCUCUUAUAUACUGAUUCUUUACACAGUCCUGGGCAUUGCUUCUGGAGAGGGAAGACGGAAGGCCCUCAACACAUGUGUGUCUCACAUCUGUGCAGUGCUUGUGUACUAUGUGCCUAUGAUUGGUGUGUCUGUGAUGCAUCGUGCUGCCAAGCAUGCUUCACCCCUGGCCCACACACUCAUGUCUAGCAUCUACCUCAUUGUGCCUCCUGUGCUCAAUCCUAUUAUCUACAGUGUCAAGACCAAGCCAAUCCAACAGGGAAUUGCUACCUUGUUCUCCUGCAAGAAGGAACUGCUCUGA